AUGCUAUUCAGGUAUUUUCCUACGGUGUUCUCGGAUUUUCCUGAACCAGAUGACAUUACCCCAGACGCUCUGGUAUUGGAACCAACAGACAGCCAACUCGUCAUCGAAGAUUUCGGUGUCCAGGAUUUUCCAACACCGCCCCAACGUCCGAAAGAACGGAAUAGCAGCGAUGGCAAAGACACAGAAAAAGCCGGUAUUGCAAGGUCAUCGAAGGAGGAAGGGGACCCGUCUGCCUCAAAAUCUCUUGGCGAUGAACAUUUCGAACUGGCUGACCGAAAUGGUGCGAAGAAGGCAGAGAAGGUAGAAGAGGUCAAACAUAAGGAGCCAGAAUUUAAAAAGACAAUCGUUUUGGAAAAACGUUCAAAACAGGAAAGCCAAUCAACGACGUAA